GAGGAGAACUGGCGCAAGGGGCUGAGUCACAAUGACCGUGUGACUGGGGCCCAGUGGGGAAGGGGCACGCAAAGGAGUCCCUUCUGGCCCUCGGGGGCGACCUACAGGCCCAGCACUAAAGCAGACGGAGCCUGCGCGUCACAGGAAGCAGGAGGCCCCACCCACUGGCGCCAGGGACCGGAAGUGAGCGUUGCCCAGGCGUGGCUGAGGGGCGAAGGCGGUCGUGCUGCGAGCGUGGCGCGGCUGAGGUACGGGAGGGUCGCGGUCCGGCUUGGCCUCUCCGAACAGUUCGCCUGUGAGCACUUGAAAUCAGCACCUUCAUUUUCAGCAUGGAAGAUACUUACAUUGACUCCCUGGACCCUGAAAAGCUAUUACAAUGUCCCUAUGAUAAAAACCACCAGAUCAGGGCCUGCAGGUUUCCUUAUCAUCUUAUCAAGUGUAGAAAGAAUCAUCCUGAUGUUGCAAACAAAUUGGCUACUUGUCCCUUUAAUGCUCGCCACCAAGUUCCUCGGGCUGAAAUUAGUCACCAUAUCUCAAGCUGUGAUGACAAAAGUUGUAUUGAACAGGAUGUGGUCAACCAGACCAGGAACCUUGGACAAGAGAGACUGGCUGAGAGCACAUGGCAGUGCCCCCCUUGUGAUGAAGAUUGGGAUAAAGAUUUGUGGGAACAAACUAGCACCCCAUUUGUCUGGGGCACAGCCAGCUUCUGUGGCAACAACAGUCCUGCUAGCAACAUGGUUAUGGAACAUAAGAGCAACCUGGCUUCAGGCAUGCGAGUUCCCAAGUCUCUGCCCUAUGUUCUACCAUGGAAAAACAAUGGAAAUGCACAGUAACGGAAUAUCUCAAAGCAGAUCCUUUAUAGCAGAAGUGCAAAUUGAAAGUGAUGGAAGUCAAACAUGGUGGCACAGACCCGUAAUCUCAGUACUUGAGAAACUAAGGAAGGAGAAUUGUGAUGAGUCUGAGGCCAGCCUGAACUACAUGUCAAGACCCUGUCUCAAAAAAAAAAAAAAAAAAAAAAGUGAUGGAAAGUGUUGAUGUUGCAAUUAGAAAUUCUACUGAGCUUUUGUUAAGUUGGAGAUUUCAACAGACGAGUCUGUUUUUUAGCUUUAUGAAACUCUUGAAAAAUGAGCAAUUAGAAACUCAUCUUGCCUAAGAAAAAAAAAAAAAUAAAAAAAUAAAAAAAAAAAAAAAGAAAAAUGAGCAUUGACAUGAAU